CGAUUUGAUUUUUUUUUUGUUUGAGCGAACUGAAUUUGGUACUUUACCCUUAUUUUGGGGGCGCUACUGACUCUAUUCAUAGGAGAAGAUGAAAGCUCUACUGCGCUAGUAGACAUUCAUUCAUGGGAGAAGAUAAAGCUGUAUUCACCUCGUCGUCCCAAUCCCAAUCCCACUCGCUAAAUCCGCUUAAACCCUUUACUCUCAAUUUCUCCUCGAUCUAUUCAAAAUCAAUUCCGAUCUAAUUCCUUCACUUCUCUCAGCUGAAUCAUUUCUCGAACUUGUCUCAAUAAAUUGAGUUUGCAGAUUUGCUGUAUAAAAUUAUUAUUAUUAUUAUUGAGAUGAAAUCCAAAAUAAAAUGGGCAGCAUUAGGAGGCCUGGUGUUAUCAUUUGCUUCAUUGAUUGUUCACUUGUUUCUUGCAAAGUCCACUGUUGAUCUUGUACAAUACACUGCAAUUACAGUUUUUACUGAGGAUUUAACUCCAACUUUAGCCACUAGGAAGGGUCCUGCGUUUCGUAAGUUGUGGGGAAAUGUGAAGUCAUUGGAGCCCUUGCACCCUUAUCCAAAUCCAAGAAGUACAUAUCCUGUGUCUGUUGAACAGAACAAUGGCUUCAUCUAUGCAAAAAUAUCUGGUAGUUUUGAGAAGAUCAGGAACUCGAUUGUUGAUCUGGUUGCCAUAUCAAGACUUCUAAAUGCCACACUUGUAAUUCCAGAGAUUCAAGAAAGUGCUCGUUCAAAAGGCAUCAGUUCCAAUUUCAAGAGUUUUUCAUACCUCUAUAAUGAGGAUCAGUUUAUAGCAGCCUUAGCAAAUGAUGUCACAAUUGUGAAGAGUCUGCCACCUAUCUUGAGGGAGGCUAGGAGACGGAAAGAGUAUCAAAUUUUUAAGCCCAAAAGUUCUGCUUCUCUAAGAUUUUAUACGUCUGAAGUUUUACCUAGAUUGAAGAAAGCAAAGGUCAUUGGACUAAUAUUGACAGAUGGAGGAUGUCUACAGUCUGCCCUUCCUUCUAGCAUGGUUGAGUAUCAAAGGCUUAGAUGUCGCGUGUCAUUUCAUGCCCUUCAAUUUCGCCCAGAAAUUGAAGCUCUUGGAAAGCUCAUGGUGGAAAGGUUACGAGCUUCAGGUCAAUCUUACCUUGCCUAUCAUCCUGGGCUUAAGAGAGAUGCCCUAGCCUAUCAUGGUUGUGCUGAAAUAUUUCAGGAUGUUCACACAGAACUUAUACAAUACAGGAGGGCCCAGAUGAUUAAACAAGGAAUUAUCAGUGAAGAACUUAAUGUUGACUCACAUGCUCGGAAGAGAAAUGGAUCGUGCCCACUCAUGCCAGAAGAGGUUGGCCUUCUGCUUCGAGCCAUGGGUUAUCCACCUAGGACAAGAAUAUUCCUAUCAGGUUCUGAAACCUUUGGCGGACAACGGGUUAUGAUUCCUUUACGCGCCAUGUACACCAAUUUAGUUGAUCGUACUUCUUUGUGCAGCAAAACAGAGCUAGCCAAUUUAGUUGGCCCUGAAACCCCCCUUAUUCCUGAUCCUGAUCAGCUUUUACCAGUAAAAAGUUCAAAUCAACUAAAAUCAGAAUGGGACAAGUCUGGGCCCCGCCCAAGGCCUCUACCACCUCCUCCUGAUCGACCUAUUUAUCGACAUGAAAAAGAAGGCUGGUAUGGGUGGGUUGCAGAGAAAGAUAAGGAACCAGAACCUUCUCUCAAUGAUCAGAGGGAGCAAGCACACCGACUGCUAUGGGAUGCUCUUGAUUACAUAGUCUCGGUAGACGCUGAAGUUUUUUUCCCUGGUUUUGACAAUGAUGGAAGUGGGCCUGAUUUUGCUAGCUUGGUGAUGGGACACCGACUUUAUGAGAUGGCAUCUGCAAGAACAUUUCGGCCAAACAGGAAAUAUCUUGCAGAGCUCUUUAAUACUACCGUCGAUCAUCUUUACUAUCCACCUCGUAAUUGGACUUUUGCUGUCAGAGAACAUCUCAACAAAAGCCUGGCAGAAGAGGGCCUUUUGAAGGAAUCUAAUCUAUCAAAAACAAAGUUUUUCCUCUCUCACCCUAUUCCAGAAUGCUCAUGUUCAACUGUCAAGGCUACUGAUAUUGUGCAUUCAGGAAAGAACAACAAUCUCCAUCUGUUGUUUGAAGGGCAGGAUGAGUGCCCCAAAUGGAUGCAACAACUAAGGACUCAAGAGACUAAUGCUGAUGAAGUUGAUUCUCAAGAAGAUGAGACUGAUUUAAACGGGCAGUCAGAAUCGGAAGGAUACACUGGAACUGAUGCAAUUCCAUCCCUGGAACAGGAUGAGGAAAUGGAUCCUGAUGAUUAGGAUUAGAUGUACAUAUCUUGCCUUCAUUUUCUUGUUCAUUUCCCUCUAUGCCACCGACGUCAAGCCUCACUCUGGAUUAAUCUUUUCUAAGAGAGUAAAAAACUUACAGCAGCAGCAUGCUGCUUUUGGAAUGUCUGGAAGCAUUCCCAAUUUUUUUGGGGCCAAAUUAACUGCAAGCACAGUUCUUCAAAUGUGCUUUAGAAGAAUCCGUGCAGUCUGCUUAGAGUUCAUUGCUUGGCAUCUGGACUCCAUUGGUCUCUUCCAUAGAACUCUCCCUCUUUCUCUCCUUCAAGCAGGACAAGUUUUCUCAUAUUCUACAGGUAUACAGCAUACAAAAGAUGUCUAAAUUUCUAGUACUUUGCGACUGCACAAAGCAAAAGUGACACUGUGAAGCCAUAUAUAGUUAACAACGAUUCUUUGAUUUUCAUUUCA